UUUCAUUGGCUGAAGCCCUUGAAAUGUUCCGCGGGAAAAAAAUAAAGCUAUGUUCGAUAGUUCCACGCCCCAGCAAUUCAAGUCUCAGCGUGUGAUUGGCUAACUUUGGAAGGGCGCACGCCAGAAGGAUGGAUCUGAUUGGCUCUCGGUCGAACUCGUUGUCAGGUCAGAUUUGUAUAUGGUUUUUUCUAUUGGCUUAGAGCUCGCGAAUGCCGCGAGAAAAAGAAAGCUUUUUUGUGAUUUGCCAGAACGGGAGAGGGGAAAUGUAAAAGCGCUCCUGAUUGGCCGGGAGGAUUGCCGCGCGUGUGCCUUUUCUUUUUGAACAUAAAUAGAGGAUGCGGGCGAAUUACAGCACUUAGAUUUCAAGGGGAGGUCAGAGGAGGAAGUGGAGGCUGUUCUCUGGCCUGCAACAUCUGCAAGAAUGCUUUCCUCAGCUGUUUAGCGUCUUCUUUCUGUCCCUGGGAAAACGGCUUGCUAUGCGCCCUGCAGCUAGUGUUUUUUAAAGUGUGCGUCCAUCCUGUACGCUCAGCCCUCCGCCGAGGGGCCGACUAUCGCGCCUUCGAAACAGCCGGAGGCCCGCAGCCGCCCCCUCUUCCUCGAUCUGCCCCCUUGCAGGCACGGAUGAUGGAGUACAGCGAGGUCUUCUUCAGCGACUUCAGCCCCCGCGUCCCGCAGGCCCGCGGCGGCGCGCUGUCUCUCCCGGGGCUCGGCUCCCGCGACUCGCCCUGCACCCGGACCCUCUUCUCCCCGGAGCCCCCGGCCGUGCUCUCCCCCGUCACCAACCUGGCGCUCAACAUGACGCACCUCGCCGUGCUCGGCAGCCAGUGCGACACCCCGAAGCGCAGAGCCCCGGUCCCGCUGCUCAAGAUCCCCUCCUUCGCGUCGGACGCCUCCUCGGACGCCGGUCUCGGGAUGGACUCCCCCGCCAGCCCCCUGGACCCCGCUGCCGUCGAGGAACGGUUUGAAAAAGCUUUACUGGAGUCUGGUGCCAUUCUAAGGGAUGACAAGAUCCCAAUCCGAAGAAUUAAUUCCUUACCGGUGCGGCUCUUGGGUUCCAGUCCUGCGCUCAAACAGAAGGACCCUGAUGGCAGAAGCUUUGGCAUUUUCAGCCGAGGAGGGUCUGAGUCUUCAGGAAACAGGAGUGGGAAAGAGAACUUGCAUGAAGGGGUGUUUGAGUUCAAGAAGCCGGCCGUGCCCAUGUCCCGCUGCCGCCUGCGCUCUUUCCACAGCACUGAGGCGCAUGACCCCUCCGCUCGCCGGCCCAGCUCCGCUCCUGCCCUCAUGCUGUCCCCCCCUCCUGUGGCGCGGCUGUGCUCCUUGGAGGAUGGGAGUCCCGUCGUGCUGCGGCGCUCCUCUCUCACCUCCUCCCUCGACGACGACAGCGAUGACGGCUUCCUCGACGUCCUGGACAGCGACAUGGAGAGUAAUGCAGAAAUGCCCCUGGGCAUAGCCAGUCUGCUGACUGCUCCCUUAGUCCAGGAGAAAGAAGAGCAGAGCUUGGACUCGCCCAUAAUCCGGUGCCGUCCCCGCGGCCUGUUCCGCUCGCCCUCGCUGCCUGCCUCGGCCGGCCGCGCCCACCUGAAGCGGCCGGAGUGCCCGCGGGACGAGCACACGCCGGUCCGGGUGAAGCGGCGGCGCAGUGUGGCCGGGACCGUCCGGCCCGAGGACACGGAGGUGGAGGAGGGCACGCCUGGCAUGUCGUGCCGGUUGGUGCAGAGGUCCAAGUCCUUCUGUGAUCAGGACAUCGAGAAGCUGCUGGACAGUGAUGUCAAGGAGCUGAUUGGAGACUUCACUAAGCCCUUCGUCCUGCCCACGGUGGAAGGGAAGCACCAGGAUCUGAAAUACAUCACUUCUGACAUGAUGAUGGCCGCUUUGAAAGGGGAGUUUAAUCACUUGGUGGAGCAGAUCCUGGUCAUCGACUGUCGCUACCCAUACGAGUUUGAAGGAGGACACAUUAAGGGCGCCCUGAACCUGCACCUGGAGGAGGAGGUGGAGAAGCACCUGCUGAAGACCCCCAUCAUGCCCUCCUCGCCUGACAAGAGGGUGCUGCUCAUCUUCCACUGCGAGUUCUCCUCGGAGCGCGGCCCCCGCAUGUGCCGCUUCGUGCGGGAGCGUGACCGCAUGAUGAACGAGUACCCCAACCUGCACUACCCCGAGCUUUACGUGCUCAAGGGCGGCUACAAGGAGUUCUUUCCCCGCUACGAGGCGCACUGCGAGCCGCAGGGGUACCGCCCGAUGCACCACGAGGACUUCAGAGAGCACCUGCGCAAGUGCCGCCUGCGGAGCCGCACGUGGGCGGGGGAGCGCAGCAAGAGAGACCUGUACAGCCGGCUGAAGAAGCUUUGAGGCCCCCUCAGGCUCGGAGUCGCGGGUUUGAACAGUUCCACCCGGACCAGAGGGUGCUUGUUGCCUCGUUUGCUCCUCAAUCUGCCCUGUGGGCUGGCUGGGUCUUUUGUUGUCGGACAUCUUUAAGCUGAAGGCAGGGUCAUGUGUUCUGGAACCUGCAAGUGGCCCAGUGUCUCUGCUGUGGCUGCCCGGACGUCCUGCUUUGAGCUGGACGUUUGGGGGCCUUUCCCACUGGCUGGAUCGGGUGCCUGCUUGACGCCCUGACCUUGUUUGCACAGCAGCAGGCCAGCUCGCCACAGACAACACCUCCUGCCCCCUCAUCCCGGCGGUCCUGCCUGCCAUUAGGAGUCCGUAUCCGUUACUAUGCACAACAAACAGUGUCGUUCACUUGAAUUGGCACCUGCUCCCUUCCUCCAGCUCUUUAAUUGGGGCUCUAGUUUGGACAGAUUCCCUGGAAUUAUGUAAACAGACCUGACCCUUGUUAGUCCUCUCAGAUUAAGGACUCAAAACUACAGGUUCUUGUCACUGUUCUGGAGAAAGUUUUUAACUUCCCUCUCGGACCAUCCAAGUGGUGCUUAGUCUUCAUCUUAAACGGUCGAUUUUCCUAAUUUGUUGAAUUUUAAAAAUGGUUUUCUUGAUUCCCUCUUACCCAAGCCUGUUUUGGUGCAAGGUGAGUUUUUUCCUUUUAAAGGUUUUGUCCAUUUUAAUAAAACUUUGACCAUGGCAGUGUGGAGACCUGUGGAUAAUUUCCAUUGUGAGGAAAAAGUUUGCCUCAGUCGAGGGUUUUUUCUUGCCCCAGACUGGAAGGCUCUUGGAACUGAGUUGGUGCUUUUACCUCUGAAGUGCAAUAUCUCCUGUCUGGAUGUUUUUAUCCUGCACCAGGAGAAACCAAGAUAAAGAUCUCCUUCUGAACUUCCAUUCUUGACAGCAACUGAACUGUGGGUUAAUGGAUGGCAUUUAACUCCAGAUUUUCCGGAAGAAAUUCUGAAUUUGUCAAUAUCCAUGGACUCCUCCUGCAUACUUGACACUGACCUGCACUGUUAGAAUCCUGAAUUUACUACAGAGGCAGUUUUGUAUGGAAUGUGUUUUGUAAAAGCAAUGUUUCUUUUUAAUACCAUAUUUCCACUACUUCUAUAGUAGAAUUAAUGUCUUUCAAUUAAUGGGCCUUACUUACAAAUUUUCUGCAAGGCUUUUGACCUGCUGGUAUUCACUUUUAAAGUUUUGCUUUUUAGCAACUUCAAAGUGAACGGUUUGUAAUCUGGCUUCGCUCCAUCUUUAAGUCCAAGGCACCGAGGGCUGUAUUCACAGAACACAGAUGAGCCGUUUGUGCUUGUUGCAUACACCUCAUUUAUACCGGCUUUAGAGCUGGUUUGUGACCUUGAAAACUUUUUAAAAUGUGCUGGUAGCAGAAGAGGCUCUGGUUUGUUCCUGGGUUUUAACUGCUGCUACCGGGUCUGGUAGACCUGAGAUGUUUAAAGUCCAGCAUUGAUGACGGCUGUUUGUAAACCAGCAAAACAGCUGGGAGACCAUUUAUGAAAUGUUGCCUCCUUGAGCUUGGACAUCCUCAUUUCCCCCCUCAGCCUUGGCACAAUGCCCCUCUCUCCUGGCUCAGGACUGAAAUGAGCUUUGCAAGGGGAGAAGAGAAGUGCUGCCGGUCAGCAAAAAAUGAGUUUCAGGUCUUACUCUGGUAGAAGCGAUGACGAGGGGAUUCUGUUUUGUUGUUAACCUUGUAUUUUAUUAAAGUUGUACAGCAAAUAAUGAGUGGCACUGUGACCUCUCCCCACCAGGUUGGGUGUCCAGGCAUUGAGUGACUAUCCAUGUGUGAACGUGCUUUUGUUGCUGGUUUGCUGUUUGUGUGAAACUGGUUGUAUUUUCAUACUUGCUUCGUCAUUUUGGCAGGGAUAAAUAAACAUCUGAACUUUUA